AUGGGCGAAAAACAACCCAACUCAACUAUUCUAACAUCAACUGCAUCAUCAGGUGCCAUGCGCCUAAGACGUCGUAUGGUUCAAAAUUAUUUGGUUAUUUGGGUAGAUGGCAACAUCGAUGAAAACAUCGAAGACUGCCGUAAUACGCUGGCACAAUUGCGCGCAGCGGUAAGUGAAGUGAAUAUGUGCACAACACCCGAAGGGUGUAUCGAGUUCCUCAAUGAAAUGGACGAUGGAAAAGCUUUCGUCAUUUCAUCUGGUGCUUUAGGACAAAGCCUCGUAAGUGACAUUCAUGGUAUGCCAAAAGUGGAUGCCAUUUACAUCUUUUGUGGCAACAAGGCGCACCAUGAACCAUGGGCAAAAGAUUGGCCAAAGAUUCGAGGUGUUUUCACCUCCAUCAAGUCGAUAUGUGAAUCGCUGAAAGAGGUCGCCCAUGAGUGUGAUCAUGAUUCAAUUCCAAUGAGCUUCGUUCCGAAGCAAACGGUGACAGAAGGAGCAACAGGCUCUGAUCCAAAAAAUCUUGAUCAAUUACCGCCAACUUAUAUGUACUCGGUGAUUUUUAAAGAUAUUAUAUUAGAAAUCGAUGAUGAUGAUGACGAAAAAUCUAUGAACACUUUAGUGAAAUUUUGCCAACAACAAGAUAUUCCUGCAGCACAAAUAAAUGAAUUAAAGCACAAAUACCACCAGAAAUCACCGGUUUGGUGGUAUACACGUGAAAUGUUUCUAUAUGGCAUGCUUAAUCGUGGGUUACGAUCGCUUGAUAUGGAAGCGAUGGUCAAAUUAGGCUUUUUUAUUCGAAGUCUUCAUCGUCAACUGGAACAAUUGCAUCAGGAACAAUCGGCCAAAUUCAAGAAAUCAUUUACCGUUUAUCGUGGUCAGGGAAUGAGCAAAGAAGAUUUUCAGAAUCUACUAGAUUCAAAAGGUGGUCUACUGUCGUUCAAUAAUUUCCUAUCAACAAGUAUGGAACCAAAAGUGGGCAUGAAAUUUGUUGAACGUUCUAUGAGAAGGAACGAAGACAUUGUUGGCGUUAUUUUUAUUAUGACUGUUGAUCAAAGUAAAAUAUCAACUUCGAAUACUCCAUUCGCUUUGAUUGAUGAACACAGUGCUAUUCGAUCAGAACAAGAAAUCCUCUUUACAAUGCACACUGUUUUUCGAGUCGUUGAAAUUAACCAGACGGUAAAGGACAAACGUCCUUGGGAAGUACACUUGGCUAUUACUGAUGAUAAUGAUCAGCAACUUUCUGCUCUGACCAAUCGUAUCAAAGAGGAGAUUGGCGGCACAGGAUGGUACCGAAUGGGUACAUUGAUGCUCCGAGUGGGACAUUUCGAUCCAGCUGAAGAGCUGUACAAUGAAUUACUCGAGAUUGCCUCUACUGAUACCGAGAGAGCAAUUAUCUAUCACCAGCUUGGAUGGUUGAAAGACCAGCAAGGCAAAUACCCAGAAGCAGCUAAAUUCUACGAAAAAUCACUCGAAAUCAAGCGGAACACUAUUCAAGAAGAUGAUCCUUCAUUGGCUGCUACUUAUGCUAACAUCGGUGGAGUGUAUAAAAAUAUGGGCGAAAACUCGAAAGCACUUCCACUUCAAGAAAAAGCAAAUAAAAUCAUGGAAAUAUCUCUGCCUCCAAAUCAUCCCAAUUUGGCCAGUUCCUACAACAACAUCGGCACUGUGUAUCAAAACAUGGGUGAAUACUCGAAAGCACUUCCACUUCUAGAAAAAGCACUCAAAAUAAGGGAAAUAUCUCUGCCCCCGAAUCAUCCCUCCUUGGCUACUUCCAACAACAACAUCGGUCAACUGUAUCAAAACAUGGGUGAAUACUCGAAAGCACUUCCGCUUCUAGAAAAAUCACUCAAAAUCUGGGAAAUAUCUCUGCCUGCGAAUCAUCCUGAUUUGGCUACGUCCUACAACAACAUCGGUCUAGCGUACAACAGCAUGGGUGAAUACGCGAAAGCACUUGAAUUUUAUGAAAAAUCACUCGAAAUCAGAGAUAUAUCUCUGCCUGAGAAUCAUCCCGAUUUCGCUGAAUCGUACAACAACAUAGGUCUAGUGUNACAACAUCGGUCUAGCGUACAAAAUCAUGGGUGA